AUGUUUAUGGUCACCAAAUCUUUGAAAAAAUGUCUAAAUUUUCAAACAUUUGCGGAUAAAGAUUUUGUUUCAUUUUUUAUGGGAGAAAAUCUUCGGCAAAAUAUUCUCAAAGAUUUUGGAAUGGGGCAAAAGUCGCUCGUUUGACAAAACGUUUGACAAACAUUUUGAAAUGGGGCAGGUCGCGAAAAUGUUUGGGCGGCGGAAAAGGCAAGUAGCGCCGCAUUUUCGGCACAUACGCCGCCAACACACACGAACACACCCCAACAACACAAGAACACACGAACAUAUCUACACACACACUCACGAGAAGGCCGCGCCGACGAGAAGGCCACGCCCAACAUGAAUGAGGAGUCCAUAAUCGCCGGGGCUGCUGCCGCAGCAUCGAGUUUGCAGAACAUUAACAUUAUGCACACGUUCGACUCCGAUGGUGAGCAUGAUGACCAAGAACCGGGUGGUUUGUUCGGCGAUCUGCUGGUGGAGGAGGAGGAGGAGGAGGAGGAGGAGGAGGAGCGCGCGAAGAUUUUUUUCAAAGAUUUGGUGACCAUAAACAUGGGCCUGAGCGCGCAAUUCUUUUCGGUAGAGAUUUUGACCGAAGAGAAAGAGAGCCGGGGAAGCGGCGGUGGGGGGGAAGAAACGGCGACCGGGCACUGAUGUAGAAGCGAGUAGGGCGGCCGAGGCAGCGCUUCUGGCGAACUAUGUACCCGGCUGAUGUUGUUGCGCCUUGUUUCCCUCCCUGCCGUAUGCUAUACUCCUUUAUGUAUGUCCUUUUUAUUGCCUUCGGCCUCUGUGCUGUUUCUUUUUUUUCAUGACCUCCCUACCUACUCUGCUGUGUUGGGAACCUUGAUCUCGCUUUGCUGUUGCCUUUGUUUUUGUACGUCUGGCUGUCUGCCCAUCUGCCGCCUCUUUGUCCUGUUUGCUCCGUUACUCCCAUGCCCUGGUGCGCAGUGCCUGGUGUUGGUACGUUACCCUUUGAUUUUUUCUUUGGGCGGGUGUGGGAAGCGUCCUCCAUUAUUUUUCUGUUAUUUUUGUUUUGUUUUAUUUUGAUCGGUGUCCGAGGGCUCUUUUCUCGAACGGUCGGUGCGAUACCUGUUCUUUUCUUUCUAUCAUUUUGUUUUCUUUUUCCGAGUGGUUUGUACCCUAUUUAUGUUUUUUUUUUGUUUUCUCGCGGCGUCGUAUGUGCCGGGUUUUGAGACCACGGGCUUCCCAUUUUUUGUGGACUAUAGCGCUAAUGCGAGAAACAACAACAACAACAACAACAACAACAACAACAACAACAACAACAACAACAACAACAACGUGCGUACGUACGUGUUGUCGUACAGUAUUGACGUUUACAGAGAGAGGCAGCGUAUAGUAUGUAUAUAGUGUAUCAUCGCCUACUCUCUCUCUCUCUCUUUCUCAGUCUUUGCUUUGCCCCCCGAUCGUUGCCGUGCGUGUUUCUACGCAACGAUAUAUGUAUAUCAAAUAGGGUAGGCCCAUGUCUAUGUUGCUUCCGGCACAUCAUGAUCAGAAGAUAAAGAUGGCGCUCGCACUUAAGAAGUAGUUAAGAAAUGAGGCCUCGAAAAUAAUCUAAAUCAAAGAAAUUGACCACGUAAUAAUAACAACACGUGCAUGCUCAGGGCCGACGUGGUAUUAGGAACAAAAACGAACCCAAUUGUCUUUGUGUUGUAAGGUCAGAGGCCCCAAAACGCGACAGCUGCAAUAUAAUAAGCGCUCACGAAGGAGUGAGGGGCUACUCGCGGGGCGCCCGGUGGGCAGUUAGUUGCAGAUCAGCGGCGAGGAGGAGGUUCCUUUGAAAACAGUACUGGUGCGGAGAUGGGGGAGGUGUACUGUUUUUAUUUUUGCGCGUCUAACGGUAGUCAACUAUAAAAUCGGGCUUACAAAUGCCGGCACUCUUGAAGCUUUGUUUUUGUUGUUGCCGUGAAUGUCCAAUAAAUCGGUGUGUCGUGUACUCUGUGGGAACCGGCUGGUACAUAGUUUUCGCGGCACGGCAUGGACAUUCUCGGGCUUGAACAACCUCGCCGGCAACCAAGCACAGAUACAAAUGUCCCUUAACUGGGUUUGGGCUGGCGUUUCCGCACCCUGUCUGACCUUGGAAGUUGGCAACGGUGCGCCCGACCGGGAUACGCAGGUUGUACAACGCCUCGGGGUUACAGGUCACGUUAACCCCCCCGUAACCGUGCCCACUGGCC